AUGCCUUCCAUGCAGGGGGAGGAAACUCAAGGCAAGUUCUCUGGACUUACCUUCCGCAGUGAGAACAUUUCGGCGGAACAAAAGGUGACUGCUCGUCGGAGCCGUGUCUUACACGCAGAAAACCACCCAGCCUCCUUGGACCUGAGCUGGGAUACACGAGCUCGAUAUGCAUUCUUCUCGACGUACAUUCAAGGCUUUACUCGAAGCAUUGGCGAGAUAGCUUACCAUUACCGGACCGCAAAGACACUUGAUCUUCUUUCAGCGAGCUUCGAAGCAGCAAGCCUAGCCUUUAUGGCUGUUCAGCUCGGCAGUCCAAAUCUUCUCCGGUUGGCUAACUCAAGUUACGUCACGGCCAUCCAGCGACUUAAUCACAUUCUCUGCUCACUCGAACCUGACGAAGCGGAAAAAGCACUUCAAACCAUCCUGCUGCUAGAUAUGUACGAAAAGCUUGUACACCGGGAUCCGGGAAAGUCUCAAUCGUGGCCGAGUCACGCACAAGGUGGCUUAUCACUACUCGGUGCCCGUGCGACGAGUAUUGUGUCUACCUCAACAGGCUGCCAAGUUGCAGCGAGACUUGUGACGGCAGUGACAGUGAGCUGUGCCACAGUUGGAGAUAGAGUACCUCUAGAGCUUACGAAGGCUCGUCGGAAUAUUGGCUAUCGUGUCAAGAGCGUGAAAUGGACAUUUCUAGGUGUCCUCGCCCAGGUCGUCAACCUCAAAUUCGAUAUCGUUUAUGGGAGAAUCUCGGCAUUGGAACUUCUGGUGAAGGCAAAAGACAAGCGGAUCCUGGGAUGUUUCUACGAUAUCUACCCAGACCACUACAUCACUCAAGUCUCCAAUGCAAUCUGCACAAUCCGUCUCAUUCUUUACCACCUUGUCAAAACUUACGUCCCUAAGAGAGUCGACCAAAAGAGGACACCUUUCAUGGAACAGGGCGCGAUUCGGUCAAUCAGAUCUUCACUGCAGCACCUUUCUGGCGCCACUUUAUCUAUCAAUCAGGUAUCAGAAGAUGAGAAAGCAAAAGCAUGGGUGCAAGAAUGUCUGAAGUUUAUGUGGGAAUCUGGAGGCCUCAAAGCAGCUAAAGAGAUACUCCAUGUCACACAAACAGCACCAGACCUAGACUACUGGACCGUGUUUGCUAUGACCGGUAGCUACGCGCUUGGAGCCUAA